AUGUUUUCACCUACUAAAGUCUAUAGAAAGGCUCUUUCUACUGAUAGAGCUCCCAUGAUCAAGUUUUUAGGAAAACGAUCAAUUCCAAAAUUCGUAGACCAUACCCCUAAAGUACAUCCAGAAUCUCCGUCAAGGAAGCUCCCGGACGACUUCGCCUCCUACAGGCAGCAAGCACAACAACAUGGUCCCCUCGGCCACUCAAAGAUGACUUAUGGUGGUAACAUCGGAUCGAUGUCAGGGGCUUCUCUCGGUUCUGUUGAACCACAAAAGGGGGAACUGUUCGAAUUUAACCAGCUUCCAAAACGAUUUAGAAAAGUACCCAUCGACCCCGCAGAAAUUGACGCAAUCGAGACCGGAGGUGCUACUUCUGUUUGUUGA